AUGAUGUCGCUUACCGAGGAACGUAUCAAUGAAAUGAAAGAAAUCUUCUCAAUGGUUGACGACGACGGUGAUGGUUCCAUCACCCGACCCCAACUGGGAAUGUGCCUACGAGCAAUGCAAUAUUCGAUCAGCAACCAGGAAAUCAAUGCUUUAAUGAAAAAGUUCGAUUCAGACAAAACUGAUCGUAUAAACUUCCCUCAAUUACUCCAAAUCAUAGCGGCUACUCAUCAACCAAGUUUAAACCAACAGACGCAGUCGAUUCUGUCAGCAUUGAAACUCUUCGAUACAAACAACGAUGAAACAAUAUCCGAAAAUGAUUUUCGUUUUCUAAUGCAACAAACAGGUGAACCAUUAUCAAAGGAUUCGGUUGACGACAUGAUUAAAUCAACUGAUGCACGAACAUCGAAUGGUCGGAUACAAUAUCGUAAACUUGUUUCGACGAUCAUUCAUUUAUGA